CCCCCUCCGCCGCCGGCUCGCGAUCCGAUUCUUGAUCCCUGAUUCCUUGGUCCUUGGUCCCGCCAUGGGAGCUUGAGCACCUUCCAUCCGCUCCCCCGCCCCCUGCCCCCGGGGCCUUGAGGGGGACGAGGCGAGCGCUUUGGGACGGAGCAGGGGGUGAGCAGACUCGGGAGCCCCCCUCGGAACCCCCCGUCGCCUGCACUGCCGGUCCAAGCUCGGAGUUCUGAGAGACCCAGAGCGCUGCGGAUACAAAGGCGCCGGGCCGAACGGAGUGCCCGCCUAGCCCACCCGGCGGUUCGCAGCGGCGGGAGCGUCGCUUGAUUUUUCUCUGAAACAAGCCCACUCGUCCAGCAAAAUAGAGUCCCUCAGGGUGACGGUUGACUUCCUGAAGGUGCCUCUUGGCCUGAAGAAGCCGGUGCUGAAGGAGGUGGCUGUGGGGCCCCCCAAGAGGCCCCAGCCUGCGGCCCUGGAGCGUUACAAGGCACGGCGUUCAGACGCCAUGGACACCGAGUCCCAGUACUCGGGCUAUUCCUACAAGUCGGGCCACUCCCGCAGCUCCCGCAAGCACAGGGACCGCCGGGACCGACACCGCUCGAAGAGCCGAGAUGGGAGCCGUGGAGACAAGUCAGUGACAAUCCAGGCUCCAGGAGAGCCCUUGCUAGAUAAUGAGUCCACUCGAGGGGAUGAGAGGGAUGACAACUGGGGGGAAACAACAACGGUAGUUACGGGCACCUCGGAGCACAGCAUCUCCCAUGAUGACCUCACACGCAUCGCCAAGGAUAUGGAGGACAGUGUCCCACUGGACUGCUCCCGUCACCUGGGUGUGGCAGCAGGGGCCACUCUGGCCCUGCUGUCUUUCCUCACACCGCUGGCUUUCCUGCUGCUGCCCCCGCUGCUGUGGCGGGAUGAGCUGGAGCCGUGCGGGACAGCCUGUGAAGGCCUCUUCAUCUCGGUGGCCUUCAAGCUGCUCAUCCUACUGCUGGGCAGCUGGGCUCUGUUCUUCCGCCGGCCCAAGGCCUCGCUGCCCCGCGUCUUCGUGCUGCGCGCCCUGCUCAUGGUGCUCGUGUUCCUCCUUGUCGUCUCCUACUGGCUCUUCUACGGCGUACGCAUCCUGGAUGCCCGUGAGCGCAGCUACCAGGGUGUUGUGCAGUUUGCAGUGUCACUGGUGGAUGCCCUGCUCUUUGUGCAUUACCUGGCCGUGGUCCUGCUAGAACUGCGCCAACUCCAGCCUCAGUUCACACUCAAGGUUGUGCGCUCCACAGAUGGGGCCAGCCGCUUCUACAAUGUGGGCCAUCUCAGCAUCCAGCGCGUGGCAGUGUGGAUCCUGGAGAAGUAUUACCAUGACUUCCCUGUCUACAACCCUGCCCUCCUCAACCUGCCCAAGUCCGUGCUGGCCAAGAAAGUGUCUGGCUUCAAGGUGUACUCUCUUGGAGAGGAAAACAGCACUAACAACUCCACAGGCCAGUCUCGGGCUGUGAUUGCAGCAGCCGCCCGGCGGCGGGACAACAGCCACAAUGAAUACUACUAUGAAGAGGCAGAACAUGAGCGCAGGGUGCGCAAGCGCAGGGCCAGGCUCGUGGUGGCCGUGGAGGAGGCCUUCACUCACAUUAAGCGGCUGCAGGAAGAGGAGCAGAAGAACCCCAGGGAGGUGAUGGACCCCCGGGAGGCAGCCCAGGCCAUCUUCGCAUCCAUGGCCCGUGCCAUGCAGAAGUACCUUCGGACCACCAAGCAGCAGCCUUACCACACCAUGGAGAGCAUCUUGCAGCACCUUGAAUUCUGCAUCACACAUGACAUGACGCCCAAGGCCUUCCUGGAGCGGUACCUGGCGGCUGGACCCACCAUCCAGUACCACAAGGAACGCUGGCUGGCUAAACAGUGGACACUGGUGAGCGAGGAGCCAGUAACCAAUGGGCUUAAGGAUGGCAUCGUUUUCCUCUUAAAACGCCAGGACUUCAGCCUGGUGGUUAGCACCAAGAAGGUGCCGUUCUUCAAACUCUCCGAGGAAUUUGUGGAUCCCAAGUCGCACAAGUUUGUCAUGAGGCUGCAGUCGGAGACCUCGGUGUGACUGUGUGACAGCAGGGGAGUGGGAGACGCUGGGGCUUCUGUGGGGUGGGAGGGGGCCUGAUUCUCAGGCCCAGCCAAGUCCCCACUGCCCUUCUUCCUCUUGCUCUUGUUUUUUACUUGAAUUGACUUACUCCUCACCCUGUCUUCUCCCUCUUCCUCAUUUUACCCCAUGUGAACCUGGAGAGACCUUCUUGCUGUUGACAGUAUCCGGGGAACCCUCCCCUCGUUUUUGUAUCACUCCAGGCCCUGCAGGAAUCAGUGCCUCUCUGUCUCUCCCCUUCCCUGCAGCUUUCCUCAGAUGCCAGUCCUUUCUGAAAAGACACAGGGCCCUCUUGACGUACCUGUCCCUCCUGAGCCCUACUUACAACGCAAGUUUUGGUAGCAUGUUUUCCAGUGGUCCAUGACAGGUCUCUUGGGGGCACUGAUAUGACCCAGAGAGCUCUAGUGCCAAAUUCUGCCAAGGCAGCAGCUCCCCUCUCCUACCCGUAACAGACCCUGAGUUCCUGGGCAGAGAUGCUCCUGCCACAUAGUUAGGAAUUCCCACAGCACUGUUGCUUGCAGCUGCUCUCCCCCAUCCACUCAUGCUAGAGCAAAGAAAGAUCCCAUCCUUUACCUGGAAAUCUCUACCUGCUGUUUCUGAUUGCAUGGUCACGCAUGGUGCCAGCGGUCAGAGGUGAAACGCCUCUGACAGGGCCCUGGAGAAGGUCCUGAGGGUCUUUCAUGGAAAGCUCCUGAGAGGAAGGGGACAAAUCCCUGAGUUGGGAAAGACCCUUGCCUUGACCCCUGCCCUCAGAACUCACCCUGGCCUCCCCUUUGUUCCCACUCUUCCCAGUGAAGGAUGGGAGGUAGACUCCUGGAUAGACUUAGCAGUGUGCCAACCCUGACAGACGGUUUUCCUUCCUGCACCAGCCGCCCUGGGCUUGCUGGCUUCUCUCAGCUGCAGAGACCUGUUGCCUCAUUUCUGUGGGGGAGGAGCCAGCUCCUCCUGUCCCCUGCCUUAAGUCCAGUUCUUUGCCUCAGGGGUCACUUUUCCUUGGCCUUCCAGGGUCCCCUCCUCUUCUCUUCCUGUUUCUCUGGGCGCUAUACUGGGGUCAGGGACCAAGAUUAUUGCCUUCUGUGGGCUCUUAGCCCCUCACCCCAUUUUACUUCCGUAGCUUUUAUACCAAGUCCAAAUUCUCAAUAGUUUAGAUCUCAUUCUGAACAAAAUCCAGUGGCCCACUGGUACAGAGUCAAUUUUCAGAGUCAAUUUGAGCCUUUUAAUUGAAACUCCUUUAAAUUAUGUAGUUAUCACCAAGGGGAAUAGAAAAGGAAAUACCAGUAUACAUCCUUCCAGGGUCCAUGUGGAGGACCGUUUUGGUGGCUGGGAUGGAGCCUGCACCUGGAUCAGAUCUCCAAAUAACUCAUAGUACCCCUGAUGGGUCCUUCUUUUCCCUAGAAAAUUUACUGGUACUUGCCUUGCAAAGCACACUUUGGGAUAGGCUGACCUUUGGUCUCUCCCCUGGGAGGCUGCUUCCACUCUGUAGGGGCAGCCCAGGGGGUGACAGAGCCUAACAAUCUAUCAGGGUUUUUCUCCUGUCCUUUCUGAAAGGGUAUCUCUGUCCACCACCGGUCAUGGGAGAGGGGUUAGGGGUUCCUCUGCCCGAGCUCACCUUGUCCCCAUAGGAGUGGCUUGUCGGGCUGAUUUAGGGAGAGGCUGAGUGAAGGUUAGCCUUGGUCUAGGGCUGAGAGAGUCCUUGAAUAAGCCUUGGUGAAAUGCAUCCUGCCUUGGCAUCCUGGGAAAGCAAUCUUUUCUUUAAGAACCUGAUUUCAGAGGGGUCCCUUCUGGGUCACAUAAAUACCUCACUAUCCUGGAGAACAGGGCCUGGAUGGUGAUUGGGGUCUUUGCCUUGGUGGGCAAGAAUAGGGUGUGUCGUCUGAGGAGUGGGUUGGGGUGGGCAGAAAUAAAGGAAAUGGGAUCUUAGUUGUUGCCCUAGAUUUAGGGGCGGGGGAGUGUUUAUUUUAAGAACCUGCCAUGUUUUUAAUCACUGUGAUUUUUUUCAUUCUUUUUUCCUGAAACAAGAGAAAUGUGUUUUCCCAACUCUCUCUUUUUAAGCACUAAGGGCUGUGACUGAGAAUGGUAGCAUUUUGGUUCUUUGCGUCAGAACUGUGGUAUCUUCGUCUUCUCUGGUUAUUAUUAUUAUUAUUUUUUAAAACGUCAGGAUGAGUUGGCCAGCGUAUGGCUCUGUGUGUGUGUGUGUGUGUGUGUGUGUGUGUCUUGCUUCUCCUGUAAUGGGAAGUUGUCUUCAUGCUGUGAACUGCUGGGGACGGCUAGCCGACUCAGGCCCUCUGAGCUGUUUGCCCACUGGCCGUCCCACCGCUCACUGGGUUUCUGUCUCUCCCGUGCCCCCCACCCCCAGGGGAUGCUACGCUGGCUCCCUCCAGCCUCUUGUUUCUAUGACUACGAGGCAAGCUGGCUCAUCCCCUCCCGGGCCUUGGAAUGCUCGCCCCCCUUUCCCUCCACACCACCACACGGUGCCUCAGUCCUUCACCUACCUCGCCCCUCUGCCUCUCUUCCCACUGGUCCCUGUCUUUCUCCCACACCAGCGUUUGUGUUCUUGUGUUUAUUCUGAUUUAUGUCCCUUUGGUCUCUGACUUCUUCCCAUUCCCCUCUACUUCGUGGCUUGAUUUUUUGCCUCCCCAGCAUACUUCAACAUUUCCAUUGCAAACCCCAGCACAAUACCCGUGACGAAUAGAUGCUGGGAUCCCUGAAAGCUUUCUCAUUGGAAACAUCCAUUUCCCAGGGUUUGUGCUUCUCCCUGGUUCUGGGCCUGGAUGAGCUCCCUUGUCCCUUUGUGGUAUCCGUCCGUCUGUUUUCUCUUUCCUCUGCCUUCCCCACGGGGCAGUAUCUGCUGAUGAGUUCGGACCUGGUGUGUGAGUGUUGUGUGCAGAAGGGGACUUUUUGAGUCCCUUCCAAGUGAGACUGUAAGUGUAGAGUUUCCCACUGUUGGAUCUAGAUUUUUUUUGUUUUGUUUUGUUUCUAUUUUUUUUUCUUUUCUUUUUUGGUUACAGAGCUGAGACCUUGUGCAUGCAUGUAGAAAAUUGUAAAAUGUAAAUUUUUUUAAUAUAUAAAAAGCUUGUUUUUACAGUUUGCAGUGGAUCUAAACAUUAUGGCAAUUUUAGGAAUUUUUUUUCUGAAACAUAGAAACUAAAACUGUACAAAAUUUUUUUUAUAUAUAAAAUAAAGACAUUUGACUUUUGUGGGGGCA